UAGUUACAAUUUUCCUCAUCUGAAAGAGGCUUUUAUUCUCCCUCAUCAUGGCUUGGCAUGCCUGCUCUUGAGCAAAAGGGAGAGGGGUGUUCACACUAGUUAUGCCUGACCACAACAUCCAAGCCUGCCGCUCAGAGAAAAGUCAGAUGCUCCCUGUUUUACGCACCUCAUCUGCACAUAUUACUUCUCUAUUUUCCUGAGGAGCACUAUAAAAGCACAACCAUGAGCAGCCCUAGCUCUGCUGAAGACGCUGUAGCCCCACUGUGGCAGCUGGGUUUGCAGAGUUACAGAGAUAGUGUUUUCAGAGGAAUGAUGUCCCAGAGCUGGUCUUCCGACGCCAGGCUGGAUGGGAAGAUGGCCAUCGUCACGGGUGCCAACUCCGGCAUUGGGAAGGAAACGGCAAGAGACCUGGCCAGGAGGGGAGCACGGGUUAUCUUGGCGUGCAGAGACAUGGACAAAGCUAAAGUCGCAGCCAAUGAGAUCAUUAAGGACACUGGGAGCAACAGUGUCAUUCCUUGCAGACUGGACCUCUCGGACACCAAGUCCAUAUGUGAAUUUGCAGAGCAAAUCUAUAACUCGGAGAAGUCGCUACACUUUUUGAUUAACAAUGCAGGAGUCGCCAUGUGCCCAUAUGCAACUACAACAGAUGGUUAUGAAAUGCAAUUUGGAGUCAAUCACUUAGGGCACUUUUUCCUCACCUAUUUACUGCUUGACCUCUUAAAGCAGUCUGCUCCGUCCAGAGUCAUCAAUGUGUCCUCGAUCACGCACUCCAUGGGGCGGAUUCAGUUUGACGACGUGAACAGCGAGAGGAGUUACCACCCGGUCAAGGCCUACGUGCAGAGCAAGCUGGCCAACGUCCUGUUCACUCGGGAGCUGGCCAGCAGGCUGCAAGGCACUGGGGUGACAGCGUACGCUGUUGAUCCUGGGAUAGUUUACACGGAUGCUAUCCGACACAUGAAAACCUUUUUCCAGGUUUUUAUAAAAGCAUUUAGCUUCCUCAUCAAAACACCAGCACAAGGAGCCUACACUACCCUGUAUUGUGUUUUAACUCCGGAUCUGGAGUCAGGAGGCUAUUACAGGAACUGUGCCCCAGCUAUCUGCUCCAGAGCUGCCUGUGAUGACCAGACCGCUAACAAGCUGUGGGGCAUCAGCUGCUGUCUGUUGGGAAUAAGGUGGAAAUAAGGCAGAUCACUGUCAGGGCAGCUGCCAAAGAACCCCUGAAGUGCUCUUCAUGCGCGCCCCAUAUUUCUUCACUAGAGCCCUGACGGGCGUUACAAAUGUUUUUAGUUUCUGAUGAGAAUGAAUGGCUGCCAACAGCCAAUAUUUGUCUUAGUAAAAGAAGACUGUAAAUGCAUGAUAAUGUUUCCUUUCUGUGCACCAGUAUGGCGUGAAGUGUUUUGUGCCCACUGUCUUUGGAAAUAAAUUUUGCUGAAGAAACCCACACACCCGUGGGCUGUGAUGAAAUGUGUCAGAACACGAAACGAAGUGUACGCUGCUACAUGAAAAAAUACAGAAUACCAGCGGAAAAACAGAAUCGAUCAGUAACUCCAUGCUGUGGUGUAAUGCUCUAUCCACCUAACUGUACCUGCUGUAGAAAGACACAUUUAUAAAGACAAGACAAAUAUUUAUAACCCUUUGACCAGGAAGACACCUGAAUGAGUCACAAUAUUUAAGGAGUUAGGCUGAUGGACCUGUUUUUCCACAGUGUAUGAUUAUAUUGUUUAUAUUCUUCUACCUACAGUAUAUACAGAGAAGUUUAACAGAAAAGGUCCUGUUUUUCCUGUAGUAGAAGAGAUGUAUUAAACGAUCAUAUGAAUAUAACUCUUCCCCUGCCAAAAGCAUCUGGAGCUGUACAGUGUAGGAAUGAAUUUGUGUCUAGGUAACUCAGAGUCAUUGUGUCUCUUUGAAAAACUGGAUUUUAUUUCUUCUUCUUCCUCACUGCUCCUCUGUGCUGGCUGUGUCACUGUCUUAAGAGCCUAAUGAGAUGCUGUAUCUGCUUUAGAAAAGUGAACACUGAUUAGUGUGAAAGGAUUUGUCCUGGAAUGCCCCCUGCUCCAGCCCAGAGCUAUCCACGUGAAGGAGAAACUGUCACACCUGUGCUUGUUAUUAAAUUGCUUCUUAGGGAGCAUUAGCUUUAAAAAUCAAUCUUGAAUUUCUUAAAUAAUGAACUUAUUUCCAAUGUGGGCUAUUUUGAAAAUCGCUGACUUUGCAGCUCUGUAAUAAAUCCACGUUCAUUGCAGCUGAACCAACAUGAACAAGUGUUGCACACGUUUUUAUCUGACACUUGUCUGGAAUCUGCAUUCCAAUUCCAAUACAAGCACAGGGUACAAGAGCAGGGGCUUCAGGACUACAGUACAUCCUGUUCCUGGUCACCUACACCAGGGGUGUCAGGCUGUUUCUGCAGGGCCUGGAGUUUGAUCUCCUUCAGCUCCUAGUUAGAUAGCUGGUCAUUAAUUCAUUAAUUGUAAACAACAGUGCCUUUAACAAAGCUAAUGUUUUAAGUAAUCAUCAGUAAAAUGCCUAUAAAAAUACUAUGGGCUGAGAAAACAACCAGGCUAAUUGUGUAUUUGACUUCUCAGGGAAGAACAGAAGUCAAAAGACAUUUCAGUGGGUCCUUCGGGAACCUGUGCAGCUCACAUAAACAGAAAACACGGGGCUGUGAAUAAAUAUCAAUUUAGGGAAGCUGUUGGAAAUGAUUCCUUAGCUGUUGUAAACACACCUGCUCUCAAUGUGCCACACUGCUAUCUCCCGGAUGAAUUUAAAUUCCUAUUCUCAAACAAGCGGGUAUUUUUCGCUCUGCAUUUACCGUUAAAAUUUUAAGAAUCCUGUAAAUGGAUAAAGCAAAACUGAAAUCGACUUACCAGGACAGACCGAAGUCUAAGAAUGAUUAUUCGGUACAUCAAACAUUAUUUUUUACUAAACUUAAAAACAUGUCUUUAUGGUUCAAUAAUUCCUCGUAUGUCUGGUUGCAUUGCAUACUAUAAUAAAACAAUAGCUGGCAUGAAUAAUUUCUGCAUCUUACUAAAAAUGCCCAGUUUCAGUUUACUUCAUUAGCUCGGUAUUUGAAAACGUACCUGGGUUCUUUUAAG